GUCAAAAUGAUUAUUUUGUAAAGAAAUUAUAAACGAAACUAAUCUUCUAUCUACACGAGAACAAAAAGAAGAAACUAGAACACAAAGACCAGGGGGCAAGUAGAAACCCUAGUUUCAACUUUCAAGGUUCGAGACACUCUCUUCAUUUUUAGGGUUCCAAUAUCAGAUCGAUCGCAAUCGGGUUGUCUGGAAGCUUUGAUUUCGUCCGUUUUUGGAGCUUCUACUCGUACAGCUGUGUUCUGUUCGAUGGCGGAAGAUAAUAAUAGAAGAAACGGCGGCACUGGAGACGAUCGGAGCGAGACGAGUGAUUACUCAUCUGAGGACGAAGGGACGGAGGAUUACAGGCGCGGAGGUUAUCAUGCUGUUCGUAUUGGUGAUAAAUUUAAGCAUUCGAGAUAUAUUGUUCAGAGCAAGCUCGGUUGGGGUCAUUUUUCCACCGUUUGGCUCGCUUGGGACACGCAGAAAUCGAGAUAUGUAGCUUUAAAAGUUCAAAAAAGUGCUCAACACUACACCGAGGCAGCAAUGGAUGAAAUCACUAUAUUGAAGCAGAUAGCUGAGGGGGAUCCAGAUGAUCAAAAGUCUGUUGUGAAGCUUUUGGAUCAUUUCAAACACUCAGGACCAAAUGGACAGCAUGUUUGUAUGGUUUUUGAGUAUUUGGGUGAUAACCUCCUGACAUUAAUCAAGUAUUCAGAUUACCGAGGAGUCCCUCUCCACAAGGUUAAAGAAAUCUGCUUCCACAUUUUAGGGGGAUUGGAUUACUUACAUCGCCAGCUUUCCAUUAUACACACUGAUCUUAAACCAGAAAACAUUUUACUUCUAUCCAUGAUUGAUCCAGAAAGAGAUCGAACAAAAUCAGGCACACCCCUCAUCCUCUCAACAAGUAAAGAUCUUUUAGCUGACUCCGGGCCUUCUAAAGAAGUUAAGAAUUCAAACGGUGAUCUCACCAAGAACCAGAAAAAGAAAAUCAAGAAAAAGGCUAAGAAGGCAGCCCAAAAUGGUGCUGGAAGGGAAGAUCUGGAUGAAGUUGAACCAGACAAUGAUUCAAUCAAUCCUGAUUCUUGCUCUAAUGAAAAACCAAAUGGGGUGGACUCCAUUGAAGACCAUGCUUCUUCUUCAGUUGUGAAAGAUGACUCCAAGAAUCAUCCUGAUGUAAGGGAAAGGAAUCAACUUCGCGGAAGAGGGAGUCGAUCAACAAGACAAAAGCUAUUGGCUGAUGUUGAUGUUAAAUGCAAGUUGGUUGAUUUUGGUAACGCAUGUUGGACUUAUAAACAAUUUACUGGAGAUAUACAAACUAGGCAAUACAGGUGUCCAGAGGUUCUACUGGGAUCCAAAUAUUCAACCUCUGCUGAUCUAUGGUCUUUUGCUUGCAUUUGCUUCGAGCUUGCAACUGGUGAUGUCCUCUUUGAUCCUCAUAGUGGUGACAAUUAUGACAGAGAUGAGGAUCAUUUGGCUCUAAUGAUGGAACUUCUUGGAAUGAUGCCUCGAAAGAUAGCUUUAGGUGGGAGAUACUCACGUGAGUUUUUUAACAGACAUGGGGAUUUGAGGCAUAUAAGGCGAUUGCGUUUUUGGCCUUUGCAUAAGGUGCUUAAGGAGAAAUAUGAGUUUAGUGAACAAGAGGCGACUGAUUUGGCUGAUUUUCUUGUUCCUAUUCUUGAUUUUGUCCCUGAGAAAAGGCCUACAGCUGCUCAAUGCCUUAGUCAUUCAUGGUUCACUGGUGGACCUCGGGUCCUUACUCCCAAGGCUGAUGUUGUUGAUGAUGAUAACAAGAGCUACACCAUCAAAACAAGCUUCUUGAGUUGUCUGGGCUUAGCAGUUGAUAUUUUUGACCGUGGCAUGGGGAUUUUGUGCAUCAGGUUAUUGGAAAACAUUGCCAAUUUUCUUAAGGCUGUAUGCAUAUUCUUUGUACAAUUUAUGUAUUAGGGGGAUUUGCUUGGAUUGGUAUGAUUUAUGAUGAUCCCAAACCAAUUGUACAUCUUAUUGGACUGGGUCCGUGAUUUUCUUUUUCUUUUUCUUUUUCUUUUUCUUUUGCUACCAAACAAAUGAGAAUAUGCAUUAAUGCAUAUGCGCAUGUCUUAAUCUGGAUUAUUAUUAUUUUUUUAAUAUUACUUUUAUUUGCCAAUC